UAUCAUCUGUUUGCGUCUAGGGGGCAGUGCGGCGUGGGUCGUCGCCUCGAGGUUUCUGCUUGAGCCAACUGCCGUGAAGACAGUAUAUUCGUGGUUAUCACAUACAUUUCUUGUUGUGGUGCCUAGAUAUACUUGCAUUUUCUUCCAGCCGCGGCAUAGUCCGUCCAUCGUGGAUGGAAGAUUCCGGCUGACUUCUGCUGAUCGGCGGGCCCUGAGCAGAGGUUGCCGCGAUGUCGGCCGCCGACCAGAUGCGCGCCAUGCUGGACCAGCUGAUGGGCACCAGCCGCGAUGGCGAGUCCAAGCUGAGCGUCAAGUUCACCGACCCCAAGGUGUGCAAGAGCCACCUGCUGAGCUGCUGCCCCAACGAGAUCCUCGCGUCCACGAGGAUGGACCUGGGCACCUGCGCCAAGAUCCACGACCUGGCUCUACGCGCCGACUACGAGGCCGCCAUCAAGGAGAAAGACUACUUCUACGACAUCGAUGCGAUGGAGCAUCUGCAAACGUUUAUCCACGACUGCGACCGCAAGACGGAGCUGGCUAAGCGACGGCUGGCCGAGACGCAGGACGAGCUGUCGGCCGAGGUGGCCGCCAAGGCCAACAAGGUGCACGAGCUGGCUGAGCAGAUUGGCAAGAAGCUGGCGCGCGCUGAAGAGCUGGGCGCGGACGGCCUCGUCGAGGAGAGCAUGAAGCUCAUGGAGGAAGUGGAAGAUAUCCGCAAACAGAAGGCCGUGGCCGAGCAGGAGUACCGUAACUCGAUGCCAGCCAGCAGCUACCAGCAGCAGAAGCUGCGCGUCUGCGAGGUGUGCUCGGCCUACCUCGGCAUCCACGACAACGACCGUCGGCUGGCCGACCACUUCGGCGGCAAGCUGCACCUGGGCUUCAUCAAGAUCAGGGAGAACCUGGCCGAGCUGCGGAAGUCGGUGGAGGAGCGGCGCGAGCAGCGGCGCAAGGCGCGCGAGGCCGAGCUGGACGAGCGGCGCCGCGGCUCGCGCGACCGCGAGCGAAGCCGCUCGCGCGACCGACGCCGCCGCAGCCGCAGCCGCGACCGCGACCGCGACCGCGACCGCGACCGUGAGCGGGACCGUGAGCGGGACCGGGACCGUGACCGUGACCGGCAUCGGCGACGCUCGCGUAGCCGCAGCCGCGACCGUCAGCGCAGCUCACGGCACCGGGACCGCUCCAGCGAGCGGCGCCGGGACCGCGACAGGUCCCGGGAGCGGCGCCGCGCCAGGGAGCGCCGCGACAGCCGCGAUCGGGACGCCGACGGCCGCGACAGGAGGCCCGACGACGACAGACGCUCGGCGGGUGAGGCGAACGGCCGCGGCGACUCCGCCAGCCGGGACAGCGGCGACCACUAGCGGACGGCGGCGGCGGCGGCGGCAGCGGCAGCGGUCCCACUCCGGCCGGCUGGCAGACCGAGGCGCGCCCGCGCGCCGGCCGGGCACCGUCCGGCCAGCGGGCACAGCAGCCCGCGGCGCAGCACCGUCCGCGCGCCGGCGUGAUGUCAGCGUGUCCGCCUGUGGAACUCCG